CAACUAAUCUCUUAUCCUUUAAUUUUCCGACCAAACAAUCCCUUUGGCUUGGCGCGCCAUUUCCGUUUAACAGAAAAAGCAAAGAGCCAACGCAGAAAAGCCCGCCAUGCUCCUCUCACCACCCAAUUGCUUCUCUUCGCUCCGCCGCAUUCAGACGCCGACAACGACGACGCGUCUCUUCUCCGUCGCUCCGGUUUCCACUUCCAACUCACUGAGCGUGACUCGUUGGAAUCGGCCGCUUUGUAAAGCGAGUUUCAUCACCGACUCUGAUUCGUUCGAGGUGGGACGUUUAAUUGGGAGCUAUGAAUUCAUGAAUAUCACUAGCUAUGCAGGGUUUCAAUCAGGCACAGAUUCUGAAUACUCUUCCGGAGAUUUGGGUAGAUUGAAAGUUCAAGAUGUUGGAGAAGGCAGUGUAAAGAUCAGACUUUAUGAAGGGAGAGUGUCACAGGGUCCACUUAGAGGCACUCCUGUUGUUUUCAAGGUUUAUCCUGGACAACGCGCUGGUGGAAACGAGGCUGAUAUGAUGGCUGCAAAUGAGCUAAAUGCUCAUGCUUUCCUUCAAAACAGUUCAAAAGGUAUAUGUCAGAAUCUUGCGGUGCUCUUAGGUGGGUUUGAGACGAAAACCGGGGAGCAGUGGCUUGCUUUUCGUAAUGAUGGGAAAUAUAGUGCAGCAGACUAUGCAAAAGUUACAAGUGAGAAAGUGUCGAAAUUACUGUCUUUAGGAGAAAAUGUGUCUUGGAAUCGUUUUGAACAAGCUGAAACAAUCAAACGUAGAAGAUAUUUUGUAAUCAAGAUGCUUCAGGGUCUUUUUAAAGGUCUAGCUUAUAUGCAUGACCAUGAAAGAUUGCACCAGAGUCUUGGGCCAGCUUCUAUUGUUCUUAACACGAUUGUAGAAAGAGAUGCUGUGUACUUAGUCCCACGCCUCCGGGACCUAGCUUUUUCUGUUGAUAUUAGCAAUACAAUCAAGAAUUUAGGUACUCUAUACCUUAAAACAGUUCUACAUCCAAUGACAUGGAUUCCUAGGUACUCAAAUCUAGAGGAGGGACUUGGAUCAUUCUCAGAGGGACUUUGGAGACGAGCAACUUCUGCUGGUGCCUUCACGGCUUUGGAGAAAAGAGCCUUUGGAAUAGCAGAUGACAUAUAUGAAGCAGGUCUUCUCUUUGCAUACUUGGCUUUUGUUCCAUUUUGUGAAGCAGGCAUUAUAGAUAGCCUCUCUUUGCAGAGGCUUCUGGAGAGCACCUUUCAGCUUGAUCUAGGUGCUGCAAGAGAGUACUGUUUAGCAGAUGACCGGUUAUUAGAUGGUGUUGCCUUCCUAGAUCUUGGAGAUGGAGCUGGUUGGGAGUUACUCCAGGCAAUGCUAAAUCCUGACUUCCGAAAACGACCAAUUGCAGAGGCUGUACUGAACCAUCGAUUCAUGAACGCUGCUGUUCUUUGAGUUACAGGGAACGCAAGGAGAAAUUAUAUAUAUAUUUGUACAAAUUGUGAGCUAUUUGAACCAAGCUCAUUGCAUCACGAAGUGAAAUGAAUGUGUGUGUGUAUAUAUAUAUAUAUAUAUAUAUUGAUAUGCAUGUAGCCGUUUCCAUUGUUUCUUUUAUAUUGAUCAAAUUAUUUUUUA